AUGGCCUGCAAGUUGAUCGUCCUCGCCGCCCUCGUGGCCGUGGCCCGCGCCGGCUACCUGGGCGCCCCCGCCGUCGUCGCCCCCGGCCCUGCCAUCGCCGGCGCCUACGCCGCCCCCGUGGCCUACGCCGCCCCCGCCCUUCGUGCCGCUCCCUUGGCCGUUGCCGCCCCCGCUGUGAGAGCCGUCGCGGCGCCCGCCGCCGUGGCCGCCGAGUACGACCCCAACCCCCAGUACAGCUACGGCUACAGCGUGUCAGACGCCAUCACCGGAGACUCCAAGGCCCAGCAGGAGAGCCGCAGCGGUGACGUCGUCCAGGGCAGCUACAGCGUCGCCGAGCCUGACGGCUCCAUCCGCGUCGUCGACUACACCGCCGACCCCGUCAACGGCUUCAACGCCGUCGUGCACAAGGAGGCUGGUGUACACGCCGCCCCCGCCAUCGCCGCUGCCCCCGCCAUCGCUGCCGCCCCCAUCGCUAGGGCUGCGUACGCUGCCCCCGCCCUGGCCUACGGCAAAGCUUACCUUGGUUAAACACAUCCAGCAUGUAUAUUGACUAGA